GACACAAUGGCACUGCGAUUAGAGACCUGUCUCUAUUUCCUGGUGUUGUUUGUUGACUUGUGCACUUGUGCACCCACUUUGGUGGCCGAGCUAGACUAUGGGACCUUCCAAGGUUCAUAUUCAGCAAGAUAUAAUUUGAGUUACUGGCAGAAGAUACCAUUCGCUGCUCCUCCCACUGGGCAAAAUCGUUUCAGAGGACCGCAACCACCUAUCCCCAUAACCAAUGGUACGUUCAACUCGACACAACCCUUUGACAUGUGCCCUCAGCGGACAGUCAAUGGGUCCGAAGACUGCUUGUAUCUUGGACUGUACUCGAAACCUUGGACCAAGGGACAGCCGCUUCGUCCUGUAGUUGUGGUCUUUUAUGGUGGAGGUUUUAUCCAAGGCAGUGCCUACUUUUCUAUUCCACCAUCAGUUAAUGCUUUCGGUCUCCUCCCAGGUAGAGAGAUCGCCGCAGAUCCACUCUCUGACCUCAACCCAGGACUUCUAGACCAGCACGCUGCCUUGAAAUGGACUAACAGAUACAUCUCAAGCUUUGGAGGAGACCCCAAGAACGUGUCAAUUUGGGGACAAUCGGCUGGCGGUGGGAGCGUGGUAGCUCAGGUCAUGGCGCAGAGUGGAAGAACCAGCCCAUCCUUGUUCUCAAAGGCUUUAGCCUCCUCUCCAUUCUGGCCAAAGACCUACAAAUACAAUGCACUCCAAGCCCAGGCGCUUUACGACUCUCUUGCUAGUCUGACUGGUUGCUCUGGACCGGGUUCAUUGCAAUGUCUGAAAAUGGCAGACGUGCAGACUAUUCGAAAUGCUUCGUUGAUAAUCUCCGGAUCUCAUACCUACAACACCUCAUCUUAUGCUUGGUCACCUGUUAUCGACGGUUCAUUUCUGACUCAACCGCUCUCUUCUGCCACGGCAAGGGGUCAAGUUGACAUUGAUUAUGGAUUUGGCAUGUACAAUUUGCAUGAAGGCGAGAACUUUAUCCCUCCUGGCUUCCAGCACGCAGUAAGCUCUGGCUCGCCACCAUUCAACUCGUCAGUCAUGUCUCUUACUGCAUGGUUGAAGGGGUAUCUGCCGGGCUUGUCGGAUCGUGAUAGAUCACGAGUACUAUCCUUGUAUCCAGCACAGGGAUCGGCAGAAGGACUGCCUAGCUAUAACACUACCUAUAUCCGGGCGGGUCUUAUAUUUCGAGAUACUGUUUUGGCUUGUCCUGCGUAUUGGAUGGCGAGCGCUGCUCGUAAGAAAUCAUACCUCGGCGAGUACACCAUCUCACCUGCGAAACACGCCAGCGAUACUAUCUAUCAAACCGAUGCUUUUACAUACCAAGGUUAUGCCGGGGCGUUUGCUUCGUUCUUUGAGACAGGAGAUCCGAACGCUCACAAACUGACCAACGAGACUAUAGCUGGUGUGCCAGAGUUGCACACAGGAAAGCAGUUUUUGGUCUCGCAGGAAGUGUUUUCUGAAGUGUCUAUUGCGCAACUGGGCCAGCGAUGCGAUUACUGGAGAAGUGUGGCACACAGAAUUCCUAUAUGA